CUCUUCAUCGGCUUUGGAUUCCCCUACGAGGGUCCUGCCCCGCUGGAGGCCAUCGCCAACGGCUGCGAGGGACACUGGGGCCUCUGUGGUGUUUCAGGGGUCUCCUCCCAACACCCGUAUGCCGAAGACUUCAUCGGGAAGCCGCACGUGUGGACUGUUGACUACAAUAACUCCGAAGAGUUUGAAGCUGCUAUCAAAACCAUCGUGAGGACCCAGGGCUCCCGGGAGCCCAUGGGCAGGCGGGAUUGUGCCCGGAGCAUCACCUCUGGAUACAAGUGCAGGUACACGAGCCAUGGGCUUCGGCAAGUGGGGAGAGCCGUUGCCCAAGGCACUGCUGUCCUGGGCCACCGGGCUCAGGGGGAGGACAAGGCUGUCCCCGCUUGCUGCCUGCGCUCUGCUUUUCCCCCUUCACAGGUGGACCCUUACCUGCCUUACGAGUACACCUGCGAGGGGAUGCUGGAGCGGAUCCAUGCCUACAUCCAGCACCAGGAUUUCUGCACCACGUCAUCUCCUCCUCUGCCUCCCAAGGCCAAGAGUCCUGCUAUGCAAAGCCCUCCGAGCCUGCUGGCCCUGUCCCCCAACGCCACUCACCUGGUGUGGUCCCCCAGUGCCAGCCGAGACCCCCACACCUGGCCACCGGUGGACUCACUGCAGGUGUGGGUGUCGGAGACCCGGCACACGUGCACCGAGACGUGCCGGCGGCACGGGCUGGUCUGUGAGCCCACCUUCUUCAGGUUCCUCAACAAGAAGGAAGUGUUUCACCAGCUCAGCAUCACCUGCGACAGCACCGAGUACGAGAUGAACCAUCUUUACCCAGCAGUGGCCGAGAACGUCCACGAGAGCUACCUCCAGAAGGAGCCACUGCUCUUCAGCUGCGCGGGCUACAACACCACGUACCGGCGCCUCUGCCCCUGCCGCGACUACCGCAAAGGACAAGUGGCUUUGUGCAGGGACUGCUUGUGA